GGUGCUGCUUCCAGACCUGGGACAAUGGACGAGGGCAUGGACGUGGCCAGUGAGGGGAAUUCCUUGAUCAAAGCAGUGCACCAGUGCCGGCUGCGCCUCACCAGGCUUCUGCUGGAGGGCGGCGCCUACAUUAACGAGAGCAACGAGCGGGGUGAGACACCCCUCAUGGUGGCCUGCAAGAGCCGACGCGUGGACCCUCAGGGUGUGAGCAGGGCCAGGAUGGUCAAGUACCUGCUGGAGAAUCACGCGGACCCCGACAUCCAGGACAAGUCUGGGAGGACGGCCCUCAUGCACGCCUGCUUGGGAAGGGCUGGGCCCCAGGUGGUCUCCUUGCUGCUGGAGGGUGGAGCUGACCUCAGCCUGCAGGACCACUCGGGCUCCUCUGCCCUUGUGUACGCCAUCAACGCGGACGACAGAGAGACCCUGCAGGUCCUCCUCAGCGCCUGCAAGGCCAAGGGCAAAGAAGUCAUCAUUAUCACCACGGCCAAGUCGCCCUGUGGGAGGCUCACUACCAAGCAGUACCUCAACACGCCUCCUGCAGGUGCGGAGCCCGCCCCUGCCACCUGCGCCACGCCUUCAGACAUAGACCUCAGCACCGCCAGCUCCCCGCUGCCACACCCUGGUGACGUGGAGCUGGUACCGCGACCUGGUCUCAAGGACCCGGUGGAGCCCAGUGCCGGCAGCGAGGACAAAGACAACGACGACGAGGAGGAAGCUUGGGAUCCCGGAUCCCCCGGGGGGAGGCCGGUCCUGACCUCAUCCGCGCCCAAGCUGGCCCAGGCCAGGUCCUGGAGCAAAAGCCACCCGUCACUGAUGCGUCAGCACAGGGUGGCUUCCCUGCAGGAGGAGCUACCGGACAUCACCCCAGAGGAAGAACUGUGCCAUCGGGCCGGUGGGCUGGCGCUUGGCAGGCGGUUCAUCACCAGGCACCAGAGUAUCGAUGUCAAAGACACUGCCCAGCUGCUGAGAGCCUGGGAGCAGGCCAGCUCCAGGAAGACGUCCUACGAGGAGCCGCACCGCCCGUCUCUGGCUGCGGAGGGUCACCCGCCCGGCACUGAAGCUCUCUGGGACCAGGACCCAGACCCCGGCCAGCCAGGCUUCACUUCCACUCUAAGGAGCAUUGUGCAGAAAAGAAACUCCGGAGCCAACCACUACAGCUCUGAUUCUCAGCUCUCGACUGCCCCCAACCCUCCUCCGGCCUUGGAAGACGGUGGCGGGGGCAAGGCGGUGCCGGGCAAGAAGAAGAUCCUCUCCCCGUCCCCUUCUCUGCUGUCCGAGAGCACCCCGCCAGGGCCCCUGGGCAGGAGACACCACCCAGGAUUGGAGAGGCGGGGUUCGGGGGCGGUCCUGUUGGAGCAAGGUGGUCCCCAGCCCAGACCUGGGUUCCUGCCGCCCCUGCCCGUGACCCCUCACCCUCCCUUUUCAGAGGUCAGUGUCAGCAGCAAGAUGUGUGGCCUCCUCUCUUGCGGUCAGAAAGUGCUUGUGCCAACUGCUCCUGGCUUCCCCAAGGAAUUCAGGAGCAAAAAGAUGUUGCUAAGGAGACAGUCACUGCAGACAGAGCAGAUUAAGCAAUUAGUAAAUUUUUAAGGGAUGCUACAGCACACCCUUACGGUGUCUCUAUCAGAAAAACUCUAUCUAGGACUAGAGGAGAAGUCUCAGUCGGCUGCCCUUGUGGGGUUCCUAGUUGCUCAGCUUACAUGGCUAGGUGGUCCAAACUUGAGUGUCUUGUAGCAGGCAGGCAUUGUGAACACACACUAGGUCCAGCAUUCACUAAGGGGAUUCUCUGAGUCACAGCUGUU